UUCACAGAAUUCCUUAGCCCUCAUUUGAGCCUUGUCCUUCCAAGCCAGUCCCUGGAAGACUGACUGAAAAAGAUCUCUCAGCUUCUUACACAUUUCCUUGCCCUGGGAGGAAAGAAGGUGUUCUGUUUCUGGCUUUCACCGUGUAACCUUGGCACCUGGGAGGCAGGUCUGGCUGGCUGAGGGCUAGGUGCGUUCAAGCCUCAGCCAUUGGCCGCAUGCCCUCCAGGCAGGACCCCACCCAAGAGACGCUAGGGACCGACCAGUUUCCUCCCUUGCACGUGUGGCGUUUGGAGCACCUUGGAAACCUCCUUCUACGUGGGAUGCCAGGGGGCCCCCCACCCCGGGCUCUCCCAGGAAGGGAGGCCAGGCAGAACCUCUACUGGGGUCCCACUGAGUACGUAAGCCCUCUCCCAGAAAACCUACCCAAAAUCAAGAAGUUUCGAAAAGGUAAAUGUGUAAACCGGGAAGACUUAAUGACCAGCUGAGGACGGGUAGGGGUUUGCGUUGUCUCUGGAAGAGAAAUUAAACUUUACAAGAAAACUAAUGGACAAUCCUCCCCACAGGUUUUCGAGUAAUAAAGACUAAAAGAAGGAAAGUUGUUUAAAUAGGGCCAGCUCAAAGAAAGCUGACCAGGAGAAUGUGUGCCCAGAAAAUAGAAAGCCAAAUUGAAGAUGGUAACAAAAAAUAAUCCAGAUGGGGUGCAGAUGCUGUAAAAUGAUACAAAGCUAUUUCUUUGAUCCAGUUCAUACGCCACCUGCUGGUUAUAUCAAUGAAGUAAACAGUUACAAGCCCCAGGAAGAAGAUGGCAUCAAACUCAAGGGCAAAGAGAACAGUGAAAUACUAGUACAUAAAAAUGAGCUUCAGAAUGAGGAGCUACAGAGGACUGAAACCAAAAACAGACUAAAUAGCACCCAGGAGCCUUUUUGGCAUCAUCGAGGACCUCUGAUCCACGAGGAUCAUGCAGGUAACUCCGUGACAAAGGCUGACACUACAUUCAAUGGGAUUGGCUCCAGUACUGCUCUGUCCCCCGAUGUAAAUCCCAGUCUUAGCCGAGGAGAAGAAGUCACUCCCCAGGAGAGCGGCAGUGGGUCUUUGGCUAGUGCUGCAAGUGAUGGCGACCCUGUUGAACACUUCAUUAAAGAAAGUGACCCAGGGAAACAAGAUCAUAUGCAUCUAGCUACAGAAGAGACUCGAGUCAUCCUGAAUGGAGAUUCCCAAGCUUCAGGAGAAUGUGCAUCCUCCCCAGGAAGUAACGAGGUGUUGGAAGUCCAAAACCACAUCAUACAACUACCAGUUCUUGACUAUCCUCAAGUUGAGGUGCAAGUGAUAAACCAGAUUGUGGAUGAAAAUUAUUGUUUUCUGAGUAAUCACAUCCAGACUGAGCCAAUGGACAGAGUGGAUUAUGCAAAUGGAGAUCACAUCUCAGCCCUGUCUUUUUCUAAAAGGAGAAGCUGGGAUGCACUAAACGAAGCCAUUAAGACUGAGGCCUUAACUAUUAACUUUAAUGAGGACGUAUCUGAACAUGACUUUGACUGGAACCCUGAACAGGAGGAUGCGGCUGUGGCAGAAGCCCUUGCAGCCCUAGAGGCCGCCACUGCAGGAGAGGAUGGUGAAGAGGGGUGAUAGAAGGAAAGGGUUACCUCAUACAUCAGUUAGUAGACUCAUUUCUCCUCGUUACCUACAGGGCCAGAUCCUCCAGGUAAGUAAGCUACUGCCUGGAUGUAAGCUGAACAUUUGGGAGAUACAUUAGUUCCUUUGGACACAGAGUCUGUCAUUCAAGUCAUUAAAAUAAUAAUGCAUUAAAUCAGACUGGACCAGCUUAAAGCCUAUAGUGAUAUCAAGUGCAGAAGGAGAGUCAACAAACUUAUCUCAGCACUUAGCCCAGUGCCUGGCACAUAGUAGGUGCUUAAUAAGUACUAGUUGACUGAUUGGCCAAUUCCCAAAUCCCAACUUAGGUACAUUUCCAGUAAAAUGAAAAGGAUCUAUGGUUAAACAGGUUCUUUAAGGAAAGAAAACAACAACUAUGAAAUCUCAGCACCUUCUCUCCCUCCAACAAAAAGCACAGCAAAGUCUCAGCAAUUACCAAAUACUAACCUGGUCUUUAUUGAGCCAAGGCUGGGCCAGCCUCUUCUAAAUCAUAUCCUCAUGAUCUGAAAGAACUAAUGCAUUCCUUGGAAGUGUCUAAUGUAUAUCCAGAGCAUGGCUUACUUUCAGAAAGGAAUCAGGUCCAUAAGUAAUCAUUUACUAUUUGUUGUACUAGUUAAAAUGGUCAGUUUUGGAGGUAAAGCAGAAUUAAUCCAUGAAUAAAUGAUUAGCCCUCAGUUGGGAUAUUUCAGACACCUUGACCGUAACUUUUUUUUCCCAUUACUAUACCUAUCUCUUUUAAAGAUGGGAGGCAGGAUUCCAAAUAGUAGCAUUGUAUGCUUUUACCCCUCAGAUUUUGUUUAAACUUGUUUGUGGCCUCAGAGAGAAGAACUAGCAGUGAUGGGUGGAGCUGCAGAGUAGCAAAAGGCUUGAUGGAAGGAAAAGUCUGAAGAAAACUAUAUUUAAAAUUGGAAGGGUUGGCUUUGGGAGGGAAGAGGGUGCCAUCACUGGAGGUCUUCAAGUAAAGGCUAGAUAACCAACCACUUGUUAGUAGAGGGAAUUGUUGUUAAGAUGCAGGUUGGACCAGAUAGUUCUUCUAAGCCUGGGAGUGUGUGUGUGUGUGUCUGUUGUGUGUGUGUGUGUGUCUGUGUGUAUGCAUGCAUGUGUGUAUGCAUGCGUGCACACUAGGCUCUACCUAAGGGGAGGGUGGGCAGGACUAAUUUUUCCCUAGCUAUCUAAGUAUCAAAGCUCCUUAAUAUUAUUGGAAAGUAUUAAGAAAUAGUAUGUGUAUCUAGGUAGCUAAAUUAUAGAAAAGUUGCUGUAGGAAAACCACCAAAGGGAAGGCAGGCUGAGUGAAUUUGUUCACCCCAGUCCUGGGAAGGAGACGAGUUCCUUGAGUUCACUUCCCUUCUUGGCCACUGCCACAUUGCAUGGCCCACUCCCUCCUAUUCUUCCUACUUUAUAAACAUCCAGGCACCUUGAUAUACCUCACAAGUUUGUGGUAAAGCAUUUAUAAUACUAAACAUAUUUUGGAAAAUGCCAGUGUUCAAUAAAAGUUUAAAACUUUAAAAAUAAACCGUGUACACCACCCUGAGUCCUAGUAUUGAGAAGGUCAUGUUCACAUGUACAUCUCAGUUAAUCUCAUGUAGACAACUGAGUAUUUCAGGGCAAGCUAUAAUGUUAACCUCUCAAGCAGUUCACCCCUUGAAAUCUUUAAUGCAUAUAUUUUAGUAUUCAUUUGUCUUGUGGUAUAAUGCUCAGAUGUGUAAAAAGUACAUUGAGUCCUUGUUUAGAAAUUCAUGGAUUCAACAAACAUUUAUUAAGUACCUACUGGGUGCAAAGCAUUGUGCUGGGUGCUGGCUAUAUAAGAUGAAAAAUGACCCAGCCCUUGCUUUUGAGAAGCUUACAGUCUUCUGGAAGGAUCAGUGUUAAGAAUCACAUCCUUUGGCAUGUUUGAGAGGCACCUAAAACACUCAUUGUUUAACAACUGAGUGCUCUUUAAUAAAUUUACAUUACAUGCAUAUUCCUUGAAAAAUUCCUCACUGCUUGGUUGCUUGUGUUUUGUAGAGAGGAGUGUGAGAUGACUUACACGUGUUUAGAAGAUUCCAUUUACAUUCAGAAUCUCCUUUUAAGUUUCUAGUUUGAACUUAAUGGAAAAGAGGUCCAGACAACUACUGCAGAUCCAGGUCUGUUAAACAUUCCCUCAGGGCUGGCAGUCUCUUGAGGGACCAACAGUCUUACACACUCCCAACCAAGGGAGGUAAAAGAGAUCCAAAGAAGGGAGAGAUGAGAAAUCAUGCUGACUAACUCUCCCCAGCUCAGAUGGUGGCCAGUGGCCAGGCUCCAUUAAUGUAAUCCUUUGUCUGUGGUGCCUUUGAGAAGCCUCCUCUGUGCUGAUAGUAGGAUGGCUAUUUCUGAGCCAAGUGGAGGAGGGGUGGGGAGGGAGGAUUUGAAGCAACCCCAAAAAAAUUCUUCUUAGUAUAUCUCCUCAGUGUGUGAGGAAGGGAAAGAAUACAAAGGAAAACCUUUUCAUGUCCCCAGAAUGCUUUAGGGAAAGAGAACUGAAUUUUGAAUUCAACAUAAGAUUGGCUUACUACUAAAGAAAGACUAAGAUGGCUAAAAAUUCAAAACAGGGAUUUCAGGACACUCCACUCUCUGUCAGCCCUUACUGUAGUAUCUGUUUCAUUAAGCAUACAGAGAGGUUGGUGCUUUAAGAUGAAAAGAAACUUUAAUUUGCAUUCUGUCAUCCAGGGUUCUGCAGCAGCUGGGUGAACAUGCAUACUAGAUCAAUUGGUACCUGAAUAUACAUACCUUUGCAAAUGUUUUCAGGUCUUUUCAAGUCAUCGCAACACUCGGUAAAGAUUUGAUGGGAAGAUGUUAGAUGAAGUAGCAUUCGUAGAAAUAGUGACUUAGCAAAUUGCAUCAUCUGAAUGUGCAUGGCCAGGUAGAAUUAUCUUCACACUUAAUUUUUGGUAUAUGCUUAUCUGUGUAUUGUACAUAAGCAAACUGGGCUAGGUAUUUGCAUUUUUCUUUUUAUGAAGGAAUUAAUUUAUCAGGUGAAUAUAAAAACACAUCCAGUUAUCCCUUCCACAUUGAGACUUUCCCCAUUGUGGUUUUGAUAUAUCGCAGGUCAGCAUAAGAAUUAAAUGGGAAUUUUGAGGGAGUUUUGCAGAAGCCACAGAUGACAUGCAAAGCCUAGCAGACGACCCAGCGCCUAUGACCGAAUACUUAACCCAAAUUUUACAGUAAGGGACUGUGAACACCCCAUAAAAGAAAAAGAAAAAAAAGCAUUUCUCUGAUAACAAAGGGCCAAAAACUUUUACAUGGAUUUUCCAGAUCAUGGGGGAACUGCAUCCCUAACCACAGUGAUGUGGAAGGGAUAAUUGUAUAUAUGUGUCACUUAGGCAAGGUAUUUAUUCCUAGAAGAAGCAUCCAGGAAAAGCUCCAGAGCAAGCCAUGAUGGAUAAAACAAAUGCCCUAAGGUAGCAACAGUCAGAGUUGCUGUUGUUUUUUAAUGGAACAUAUAACAUUGCUGGAUGGUCAAAUGUUUGGGAGAAGUCUUUUUUUUUUUUGCUCCUCUUUGUCCCACUGAUGCUGCACGCCCCCUCCCCCCAUAAAAAAAAAUCAUGGAACAAAUAUUACUUUCUUCAUUAACAGAGCAAUGGGAAUAAAAAAAAAUGUAUUUUCCAAAGUGAUUCCAUGGGGAAGGGCUUCUUUCUUUUCAUCACUAGUUUUCCCAUCAUCAAGUAAUAGUUGAAACGAUGAAACAUGUAGUCACUCCCUUCCCACUACAGUCCUGAUUUCCACAUUCCAGUAACAU